AAUAACCUAUAACUCGCAACAGUACGCUGGGCCCAUAAAAACAACACCGAAAGCUAUGAAGACGCAGCAAAAUGGCGGUGGGACCUCCGAUACCACCCUAUAGGCCCCAGUUAUCGCGCCUUUCCAUUGACAACUACCACUCAAUCAUUCAUAGAACUUCUCUUAUGAAUCUGCCCAGAUGUAUCCUUCCUUAGCGAUAAGACUACUUCGAUCUACGUAUAUAAAAAUGCGCAACCUUAUACUAUAUAGUCGCUAUCGUUAUUGUUCAUCUCUUAAUCCGCUAUAGUUUUUUCUUCCUAGGUAGAUGUAAAUUUGUAUUCAUCUAGCCUCCAUUAUCAAAUAUUCCCAUUUCUAUUACUAGAAGCUUUCUCCUAUUAGAAUUUCCGUGACACGCAUUAGCCAAUUUAUUACCAAUUUCGUUUUCGGAUUUCAAAUAAUGAGGCUUCAUACUCGUAUCUUAGGAUUCCUCUUCCAUCCGAUGAUCGAAGAUGAUCCAGGCCCGCCCCCUGAUGGUGGCUCUCGAGCCUGGCUUCAGAUCCUUGCCGGUCACUUGAUCAACGCUCUUACGUGGGGAUAUUCCGCUUCAUUCGGUGUCUACCAGCUCUAUUACACAACCACAUUAUCACUACCCGAGUCGCAGGUAUCCUGGAUAGGCUCCCUCCAGGUCUUCCUCACAUUCUUCGUGGGGACACUCUCGGGACGCUCUGCCGAUGCCGGAUACGCACAGCACACAGCUCUGCUCGGAUCGAUCCUGAUUGUGCUCGGAACAUUCAUGACAAGCCUAGCAACGACGUAUUGGCAAAUCUUCCUCGCGCAGGGGUUGUGUACAGGACUCGGCAUGGGCAUCUUGUAUAUGCCGGCUAUAGCUGUCAUCAGCUCAUAUUGGAAGAAAAACAAAGCAAUGGCCUUAGGACUAGCUUCCUCCGGGAGCGGGACUGGGAGCGUCAUAUUUCCUCUUAUUGUACAGAAUCUUCAAUCUACUAUUGGUUUUUCUCGAGCUGUUCAGGUUCAAGGCUACGUUGCUCUUGCAUUUGCAAUCAUCAUUAACCUCCUACUUCGUCCACGGCUCCCACCUCGUAAGUCUGGUCCAUUGGUUGAGUGGUCAGCGUUCCAAGAGCCGGUUUAUAUUUUGUUCACUGUUGGUGUGUUCUUAAUGUUCUGGGCUCUGUACUUUUGUUUCUUCUAUAUCAACACCUACGCUACGUCGAUUAUUGGCCAGACUCCUGAAGCAGCCGUGAAUUUACUCGUAGUCAUUACCGGCGUCGGCAUCCCAGUACGACCUAUUCUAGGUUUCGCUGCUGAUCGAUACUUCGGCUCCCUCUCCACUCUGAUCAUUUCUACUACCCUUUUAGGCGUACUACUAUAUUCUUGGAUUGCUGUCCAUACCGUUGCCGGCUUAUACGUUUGGUCCGUGUUCUAUGGGCUCGCCACUGGGGCAGCUCAGGGGAUAUUCGUCGCAGGGCUCGUAUCGUUAACUGCGGACCCCAGUAAGUUGGGAACACGAUUUGGGAUGGUGUUUUCCGUAUUGGCGUUUGCAUCACUAGCGGGUCCUCCAACAGCAGGUGCAUUGAUUCAAAGCGAGAAUGGAGGCUUCACGAAAGCGCAAAUCUGGGCUGGAACUGUGACCCUUGCUGCAGCACUCUUUAUAUUCGCUGCUAAAUGGAGACAAAGGGUGAUGUCCCGUCAAAUCCAGGGCUCUAGCAAGCCUUGUAAAAUGGAUCAAGGAUAUCCUGAAGAAGUUGUAGUCCAGAUAAACAACAACGAGCAGACUAAGGCCUAAAUCCUUCCCAUCUUCCAAGGAUAUCAAUUUAUAGGGACCAGAGGCAACCCUUGUAAAUACAUGGUAGAAAGCUUUCAUGCGGAUUAUAUAGGAUAUAAAUCCGGCUAUUUUGCCAAAUAUUGUGGAGGAAAGAAGAAGUAUCAUUUAUCCGCAGUUACUUCAGCUAUAGGAAAUUUGAUACACUCUCAUUCUACCCUAAGCCCCUUUUUAACCUACUCUUCGCAUCCUGGAUCAGGGGUUCCAUAGCCAUAUACUUUCAGAGGGAAAGAAAGGUCCGGCGUAGUGCAGCCAGUAUACGAAUUUGUAUCUGUGGUGCAGUCGGAAUUUAACGUUGUCGAUCCAGAGAGCCGACAGGAAAUUCUAGAAAGGGGAGAUAUUAGCACCAUCGAACAUUUCUCUUCAUACAA